AUGGCGUCUUCCUCUCACCUAACCGAUAUACCUCAAGCAGUACGAAUCGCCGCCAGUAUAGAUCCCAGUGUGAAUGCCGAACUGAAGCAGCAAGCUAUAGAUUAUCUGACAAAGGUCAGACAGCUCUCACAGGAGACCUGGCAGGAUUGCCUGGCACUCUAUCUUCAAGGUGCAGGUGCAGCUGGACCAUCCAACCCAGGCAAAGAUGGAAAGGAGAAAUUGGAAACGGACUUGAGGAUGUUCUGCGAGCAAGUGGUGGAUACGGCUUUGACCCAAAGGUGA